AGUGUGCGUGAAGCUGCCGCCCGAUAUUGACGGCGAUUCUUCGAAAAUCGCUAGUAAAUUCAGUAGUGUGUGAAUAUUGUCUGUGUAGAGCGUCAGUACAGGAGUGUAGAUACAGAAGGUCACAAUGCGGAAAGACCUGGUCUCCUUAAUACUGAAGCACACGGUGACCUCCCGUCGCCACCUGACCCCAGAGCUGGCUCUGCGCCUGGUGACCCCUGACUGUCCGUUGUGGAGAGCCCCGGAGGAUCAGGUCCCGUUUAAAGACCCCUUUUGGGCUUUUUAUUGGCCGGGGGGUCAAGCUACUGCGAGGUAUAUCCUAGAUAAUGGUGAUCUAGUCAAGAAUAGAAAAGUCCUGGAUGUCGGCUGUGGAUGCGGGGCGGGAAGCAUAGCUGCUGCUAAAAUGAAGGCCAAAAGAAUAGUGGCCAAUGAUAUUGACGAUUAUGCCGUUACUGCUACUGAAAUGAAUGCUGAAUUGAAUGACGUCACACUUGAGACGAAUACUGAAAACUUGGUCGGUGACCCUUGUACAGAAUUUGAUACAAUUCUUAUAGGGGACAUGUUUUACGAUGAAGAAUUCGCCAAUAUAUUGUUUGAAUGGCUACAUAGGCUCACAGCUGAUGGCAAAACAGUAUUAAUAGGCGAUCCCGGUCGUCACGGACUGACGAGCAGGAGACGGGGCGCCAUGACACUUCUCGCGAGGUACCAACUGUCACCACAUAGUUGUAUGGAAAACCAUGGGUUUACGCACACCACUGUUUGGCAACUUAAUAAAUGAGGAUUUUUAAAGUAA